UGGCGAUGACAACAGCCCCACGUGACCUGCCAAGCGCGUCUGGUCUCGCUCUGGCGUCAGAGCCGCCGUCGCUCGCUCCCUUCUCGGCAGCGGUACCUGCUCCAGGUGGCCCUGAGGACCCCGAAAGUAGGAAGCGGAGGGGGAGCAGGUCUGCGGGACUGAGUGUGGCUGCGGCGCACCUCGCGUCGAGAAUCGGGAGGAGGAAGAGAUCGCAGGGAUAGGCCCAGGAGUAAUGGAGUCUAAAGAGGAACUAGCGGCACACAAUCUCGACGGGAAAAAUUCCCAACAAGAAAACGAAGGAGGGGAGCAGGUCGCCAAGCAGAAUGAAGAAGAAUCCCGCCAUUCGGGAGUGGGUGAAGGGCAGAAGCCUGGAGGAAAUAUCAGACGGGGGCGAGUUAGGCGACUUGUCCCUAAUUUUCGAUGGGCCAUACCUAAUAGGCAUAGUGAGCACAAUGAAGCGAGAGAUGAUGUAGAAAGGUUUGUAGGGCAGAUGAUAGAAAUCAAGAGAAAGACUAGGGAACAGCAGAUAAGGCACUAUAUGCGCUUCCAAACUCCUGAACCUGACAACCAUUAUGACUUUUGCCUCAUACCUUAAAUCCUGAAGUUUUUCCUGAGGUUAAAAAUGUGAACACUGCUUUACAAGCUUGUAUUUUUGUGAUUUACUUUUUCUGUAAGCCUUUUGGUGUUUCCACUUACCGGUUUCUAAUGGAAAUUACAAUUCUAAUUGAAUAUUGUUUUGCCUCAGCCUAAAAGUUACUGUUAGCAUGGCAGCUUCACUCAUUUUAGGAAAAAUAUUCUCUUCAUAAUAUCAUAUGAAAUGCAUAAAGCAGUUCAAAAAGCAGUCUGUAUUCCAUCAUCUUCCUCUUUCAUUCCAGUUGCUAUGUUUUGUAAAUAUUAUUUUUCCUCUACCUGGACUCAGAAUCUCACUUGUCUUGAGAAUAUUUUCUUGUUUCUGACCAAGAAAGAAUGAUCAUACCCAUAAUUCAAUGUCUGAUUUUUAAGAAUGUAUGUUCUAGUGUUUUUCAGAGUGAGUCUACCAUGUGUAUAAAAACACCUUGGGGGCAGGGGACAUUUGAGAAUGUGGGACCUAUUCUCCAAACUCACAGAGUGAGGCUCCAGAAUCUCCAUUUUUAACAAACUCUCUGAGUAAUUCUGAUGUGUACCAAAAUCAGUGCCGUUGAUGUGUGUGUAUGUACCUGUAUACAUAUGUGUGUGUGUAUCAUGUGUCAUAAGCAUAAAAAAUAAAGAAACAAUAUCAAGGUGAAUCUUUACCUGA